AUGCGUUUCACAUCAGCAACAGUCGCGGCAGUUUCAGCACUCAUGGUAAGCAGUGCAGCUAUGCCUGGAGCCCAUGAACAAGGACACGGCCAGCAAAUGGGCCAGCACCAUCACUUUGGUCACGACGAGCAUGGUCCACAUGGACUAGAGGGGGAUUUCGACAUAGGACAUGGACAUGGACAUGGACAUGAGCACGAACACGACCACCACAAACGCAAGACUGGAAAAUUUGCAAAUAUGUUAGGCAUCCCUGCUCAAGAUGGUAUUGGAGCUAACCGUGGCGGUAGGAAUGGCGGAGGACAUCGCAGUGGUGGUCGCAACAACUACAAUUACGACAAGAGACAUUUGCACGAGGAGGAUCACGAUCAGUUCCAUGGACACGAGCACGGUCAUAAGAGAGGCGGAAAGGGUGAGCACGGUGAGCACGGUGAGCACGAUCACCACGAUCACCAUGAACAUCAUGAGCACGGUCCUAGAAAUAUCGGUAAGGGCCUUGGUGAACACGAUCACGAUCACCACGAUCAUCACGAUAAACACCACGGUGAGCCACACCACCAAAAGAGAGGCGAGCAUGGUAAACACCACGAGCACCAUGACAUGCACCAUGGCAAGCCACACCACAAGAGGGGCGAAGAACACAAUGAGCACCACCACGACAAAGAGGGCAAGAAAGAGGGCAAGAAAGGCAAGAUGACACAGCACGAAUUUGACAGACGCGCUGGACGCGAUCACCAUGAUCACCACUCAGGCGCUAUGAGUAUGCUCACAAGCCCAUUCGUUCUCGUCGGUUCUGCAGUGAUUGCAUUGUUCAACUUUAACUAA